AUGACCUUCACAGAACCUUGGUCGGAGUCGAGGACAUUACUCUCAUUGUACGUGCCUAGAGAUGAAGAUUUUUCGGAGAUAAAAGCAGUAACAUUUGGGGCAACAACAUCGUAUUCAGUAUUACAUGGAGUUAUACCAACGUUAGAGUCGAAUUUGAUGGACCCUAACAAGAGUAGAAUUAAGGUUUUUAUCUCAAGAUGUCAAAAAACAUGGUUUACUGUGGGUAUUAUCAACUCCACCAUUAGUUUCGUUGAAGAAAACAAUGCUGGUAAUGCAGCAGCUGCUCUCAUGGCUAGACUGGCCCCAAAAGCAAAGAUUUUAAGAGAUGGGAAAUGGAAUGAAGAAGAUGCUUCCAUGUUAAUCCCCGGAGAUAUGAUUAGUAUAAAGUUAGGUGAUAUUAUUCCAGCCGGUGCUCGUUUGCUCGAUGGCGAUCCGUUAAAGAUUGACCAGUCGGCUCUAACCGGUGAGUCUCUCCCGGUCAUAAAAGGUCCUGGUGACAGUGUCUAUUCCGGUUCAACUUGCAAACAGGGUGAAAUCGAGGCGGUUGUGUUAGCUACCGGGGUCCACACGUUCUUCGGGAAAGCUGCUCAUCUUGUUGAUAGUAUAAACCAAGUUGGUCAUUUUCAAAAAGUAAGGUCUGACAUGGCAGCCACAUCAGCAAGUGCGUUCUCAAUCGGAUCAACCAUAUCCCAUGGCUCGAAAGCUAGCCCGCUUUCACAGUUGAAGACGUGGCAUGAAUAUCAGUUUCAACUCUCAAAACAAUAUCAAAAGUUUCACAGUCCUUAA